AUGGCGGGCAGCACAGCAUGGUAUACCCUCGGGGUAUCGUUCUUUGCCGCCAUCGGCACGUUCUUAUUCGGAUUUGAUACCGGCAUUGCAACAACGACAAUCGCACAUCAGAGUUGGAUCGACUACAUGAAUCAUCCCUCCAAGGCUAUGACCGGAUCGGUUGUAGCUGUCUACAUUGCCGGCGAGGCUGGCGGGGCCCUGACCCAAACGUUCAUCGGCGACAAACUCGGUCGUCUGCGAUUCAUGCAGUUGCUGUGUAUCAUCGUCACUAUCGGAACGGUCAUCCAAACAGCUGCUCAAAACUUUGGCAUGUUUCUUGCUGGCCGUAUCCUUGCCGGAUAUGCUGUUGGAGGCAUGGUGGCAACUGUUCCCAUCUACCUCAGCGAGAUCUCCGCCCCUCACAACCGUGGUCUGAUCGGUGGUAUUUCGGGCUGCGGUAUCUCCUUGGGCACAAUGGCUUCCAACUGGGUCGGCGCGGCGUGUUCGUACGCCUCCUACGGUCCGACCCAAUGGCGUCUGCCUCUUGGCAUUCAGAUCCCAUGGGGUGUGCUUAUGUUCAUUGGGCUGGUCACCUUCAUGCCACACUCUCCGCGUCAAUUGGUUCGCAGCGGCAAGAUCGACGAGGCUCGCCGUCAGUUCAUGAAGAUCCGUCGCGACCUCGACAGCCACCAGAUGCAUGAAGAGUUUGCCCUCAUGCGCAAUCAGAUUGAAUUCGAAAUGCACAGAGAGAUCAAAUCGUUGAAAGAGGUGUUUAGGUUGUUUAGAAGACGUGCUCUGGUGUCUAUUGCCGUCCAAACCAUGACCAGUCUUACGGGUGUCAAUGUCAUUCAGUACUACCAAACCAUACUGUUCAAAUCCCUCGGAAUCAACAGCCAUAUGAUCCUCAUUCUGGCCGCCGUCUACGGCACUCUGGCUUUCCUCUCCAACGUCCUGACCACAAGAUUCCUCGCUGACCGAUGGGGUCGACGAAACAUGAUCCUCGCCGGUCUAAUUGGUGUCAUCGUCAUCGAAAUCUACGCCGCCAUCAUGCAGCGCAAAUUCCAAAACACAGACAACCAAGUCGGAAAGGGAUUCGCCGUCCUGGGAAUCUAUUUGUUUGUCGUGACAUAUUACGGCAUGCUCAACAGCACAACAUGGCUCUACGGCGCCGAAGUCCUCCCCAUUGCUCUCCGGUCCAAAGUCAUGGGCUUGGCUGCAGCUUCGCAUUUUAUUGUGAAUGUCGGCAUCACCGAAGCCGGUCCCAGCGCUUUCGCCAACAUCCACGAAAACUACUACUACGUCUUUGUGGCGUGCUCGGCCUUUUUCCUCGUCGUGGCGUACUUUUACUUCCCAGAAACAAAACAAAAGUCUCUCGAGGAAAUCGCCGCCGCUUUCGGUGACAAGGUUGUUCUGGUCAAUGAGAAUGAUUUGGCUGUUGAGGAGGCUGUCAUGGAAGAGAAGGAGACGGCUGUGCAGGUUGAGAUGGCGGCUCCGGAGACGAGCAACAAAGUCUGA